CUGAAUACAAGGAGGAGCACCAGUUGUGUUGAAAAUAUAUCGUGCUCUUCGGGAUGGACCUUUGUCCUGCUGAAUCAACUGCCUUGAGUGCGGCUGAAGAGGCUGAAAUAGAGACAAUCAGGAAGCACAAACAGGAGCUUUUGGAUGACAUUGAGAAGCUGAAGGAGGAGAUUGCUGAGGUGUUUGCAGAGAUUGAGUGUUUCCAACGUGUAGAGGAGAAGCAAGCGGCAGACAGUAAUCCUGGAGAGCAGAUCAGCAAGCUGUCACAGAGGGAUAAAAUUCUGGCUCUGGGCCGGAAGAAAUUCAACAUGGAUCCUGAAAAGGGGAUCCAGUACCUGAUCGAGCACCAGGUAUUGUCUUCAGACCUUCAGGAGAUCGCCAGGUUCCUCCACAAGGGUGAAGGUCUGAACAAGACAGCCAUUGGGGAUUACCUGGGUGGGAGGGACCCCACAAACAUUCAGAUCCUCCAGGCCUUUGUGGCGUGUCACCAAUUUGCCAACCUCAACCUGGUGCAGGCGCUGAGGCAGUUCCUCUGGAGCUUCCGGCUGCCCGGGGAGGCGCAGAAGAUUGACCGGAUGAUGGAGGCCUUUGCCAGCUGGUACUGCAAGUGUAACCCAGCAGUGUUCCAGUCCACAGAUACCUGUUAUGUACUCUCCUUCUCUAUCAUCAUGCUUAACACCAGCCUGCACAACCCCAAUGUGAAAGACAAACCCCACUUUGAAAGGUUUGUAUCCAUCAACAGAGGCAUUGACAAUGGAGGGGACCUGCCAGAAGAGCUUCUAAAGAAUCUGUUUGAGAGCAUAAAGAACGAGCCGUUCUCCAUACCAGAGGAUGACGGCAACGACCUCACCCACACUUUCUUCAACCCUAACCGUGAAGGCUGGCUGCUGAAACUAGGAGGACGUGUGAAAACCUGGAAACGCCGUUGGUUCAUUCUGACUGAUAACUGCCUCUAUUACUUUGAAUAUACCACGGACAAAGAGCCUCUGGGCAUUAUCCCCUUGGAGAACCUCUCAGUCCGGAAGGUGGAUGAUCCCAAAAAGCCAAACUGCUUUGAACUCUUCAAUCCCAACUGCAAAGGGCAGAAGAUCAAAGCCUGCAAAACAGAUGGGGAUGGGAAGGUGGUUGAAGGCAAGCAUCAGUCCUACAAGAUAUCAGCAGCCACUCCAGCAGAGCGUGAUGAGUGGAUUGAGGCAAUACGGACCAGCAUCACACAGGAUCCUUUCUAUGAUUUGGUCUCUGCCCGUAAGAAAAAGAUUGCCAGCAAAAACUGACCCAUGACCUGGUCACCGGCAUCAGAAAGGUGUAGGUUAUUGGACAGCUUCCCUCUCACACUGGGCUCUUCCAGUGAUGAAAUUUGGGAGCUUUGGUUCCAUCUGCCUCCCAUUUGGUAGGCAGAUGACUGACAGGACAGCUUGCCCUCUUUGCUUCUUCCCCUUCCAAGCUGAAGGCAGAGGCACAGGGUGUGAUCCACUGAGGACUGUCAGAACUGUGGGCAGGGGGUUGCCCAUGUCUGAACACAAAGGCUCAACAGCAAUUGGCCUUUGGGUUCUCCCAUGUAGCCCCAGACAUGUGGAACAGCAUCUGAGAGGAGAAAGGAAUGUCUGCACAGUGUCUCCAGCCCCUCCUGUUGUCACACCAGGCCAGGGUAUUUUUCUCUGAGGAUCCAUGUGGAUUCUCUUGGAGCAGCUGAGCAUGGUCCACUCAGUUGCAGAGCAGAAAGGCCCCAGUGGUUUCUCUUCCAUGAACAGAUGUGUAGAGGUAGUGGGGUGGAAGCCACUGAUAUUUAGAAACUUGCUGUGAAACCAGAGGUCAAGGUAAGAUAAGAACCCCUCAGUUCAGAAGAAAUCCCUCUCUCUCCCUUCCUAAAGCCUGUAGUGAGAGCUGUAAUCCUAGGAAGUCCCCGCUCUGUAACUGUGUCAUAAAUGCUAAAAAGUUAAAGACAAUUGAAUCCCUAUUCAACGUAAGGGCUAACUGAGCAUAGAGAUGCUUUGGGACCAGGAAAGCAGCUCUGGGUGUGUUGUCUCUCUUUUUGAGACUUGGGGACCACCACAGAUUUCCUUGGGGAGGAAACCCAAACUCUAGCUCUCCUCCUGGCUGAUGGCUCCCUGGCAAAGGUUGGUUCCUUGAGCAGCUCAGAGGUGUGGGCUUUGUAUCUGAAAGUUUUACAGUCAGAUGGCAUGAAAAAAUGGAGGUACAUACAUCUCCCCAGCAGCACACACACACAGAGGCAUUCAUUCCCUUCUUCAUACAAUGGUAUCAUCUGGAGUCUGGGGGUUUUUGCCUCUUGUGUAAAGAGAGAAAUAAAAGUGCUUAAAAUAAGCCAAAAACUCAGGGUAAUGUGAUCAUUUUCGUGAUAAAGUCAGAGGAUGUGAGGUAAGAGUACCAUGUUCCUGUGCCCAGCAGAGCAAUCUGAGCACUGCUGCAGUCUCUUGGCUGUUUCCUUCCUGCAGAGGGCUGUAUCUACCAGGCAAUCUGCAGCAAGGCCAGCACAGCCCGAAUUUUCAUUCCAGUUCUCUUCGCCCAAGCCACAGGAAUGCUGAAUUAAUUUCAAGAGGCAGGGAGCGUA